AUGGUGAUCUCGACCCGAUCUAUCGUCGGCCUGGCGGUCCUCUCAGGUCUUGCCAAUGCCAAGAUCUACGCCGCACCCGAGGCCACAGCAUCCUUCAACUUGCCCCUCGACCAGUUCAGCCCUCAGCCCACCAAGGCCCCGGCCAAUGCCGAGCUGAGGAGGCGGCAGACAUCAGCUGGAACGACCGUACUCGUUGCUCCCGAUAACACUUGUGGAUACAUUUCGGGCCGCGCCGGCGCCGCUUACACUUGCGGCACCGCCGCCAGCUGCAUCUUCUUCACCUCCGCAACUCGACCUGGCUUCGUCGCGUGCUGCGACGCAGACGACUGUGGAGCGCGUCGUACCUGUUACGACGCCAGGCAGGUCUCUACUUCAAGUCUUUGCGAUGGCGGCUGCAUGGUUGACAAGUUCACUCUGAAGUGUACAAACACGGCAAGGCCGUUCUGCAACACGAUAUCUUUCCCCGGCAGCAUCUUCGAUUAUUGGUGUAACACCGUAGACAUUUCAACAGUCCAAGCCGCCGUUACAACCUUUGAAGGCCAGACAGGACGUACGUGGGUUCCUCUACCACUAACGACCGACGCUUCUUCAAGUCUCCGCGCUCCAAGCGCGUCCGGCAGGUUCACAGCCACCGGAUCCGGGUCUCUAGUAGACCCAGUGGCUUCAGACCCUACCAACAAUGACAACGAUAACGACAGCAACAACAAUAACAAUAAUAAGUCCUCCACACCGGUCGGAGCAAUUGUCGGAGGUGUCGUCGGCGGUCUUGCAGUGAUCGCCCUCGUCGGUCUCGGAAUCUUCCUCAUCCUCCGCAAGAAGAAGCAGCCUGCUCAGCCCCAGCAAUUCCAGCAACCAACCGUCAACCAGCAACCACCGAUGGCCCAAGGGGACUACCCUUCUCAUGCGUCCCCGAACCAGUACGCCGCCGGCUCUCAUACCCAGUCCCUCUACGACCCCAAAUUUGGCGCCCAGGGCGGAUACCCCCAGAAUUUUGGCGGCACUCCUCCUCCUCAAGGCGGUUACCAGCAGCCAGGCUACUUCGUUGCCGGUAACAUGGUUCCGGACCGCGCGGACACAACAAGUCCUGGCGCCGUGUCUCAGUUCACUGAUCAUCGCUACAGCACGCAAACCAUUGCUCCGGGAUAUCAGCCACAACAGCCUCACCAACAGCAGCAGCAGCAGCAGCAGCAGUUUGCUCAGCCGCAACCUACUAUUCAUGAGGCCCCGGCCACCAAUGAUGGGCACAAGGGCCAGAUGCAUGAGCUUGCAUGA